GGAAGCUCUCAGUGAAGCCGAGGCAGUGCUGAGCGCGGAUGUGCAGCUGAGCCGGGGCCGCAAGAGGAGCCAGAGGCGCCUUCUCCUCCUCCCAGAGGAACUGGUGGUCGCCAAGUUGCACGGCGGCAAGGAGGCAGUGGGGAAGGAAGAAAACGACAAGGAAGGCAGCAAUGAAGACGGGACCGACCUCCUCUUCAGCUGGCCCACAGGCUCCUGCAUGGCCACUUUUUGCUCCCGGGCACUGAAGGAGCUGUGGCUGGGCACACUGCUGGGUGCACAGGACACCAGCAGGAGACAAAAGAGCCCGUGUGACCCACCUCCCAUCAGACUCCUGCAGAAGGAGCUGAGCCGCCACCAUGCCUGGAGGACAUUGAGCGCCAGUAGCCUAGAGAGGCCGCUGGAAGGCCAGGCAAAGGUGAAAACAGCUGCCUUUCAGCCGCCUCUGGCUGUGCCAGGGAUGUGCGCCCAUUCAGUAUCCAUCCCACGCGCAGAGUCCCUGCUGCAUGUGGAUUGUGAUGGGGAGGAGGUGAACUGCUAGAUCUCCCCAUACAGCUUCCAGCGGGCUGGCAAGGGGCCCUGCCAUACCUCAUGGUUCAUGGCCACCCUGAGGCUCUCCAGCAGGAUCAGUAUUACCCAGGCACUCAGAGGACCCCACUGUGGCAGCUGGGAGGAGGAGAAGGAACAUGAUGCAACACUGCACCCAAAGCUGAGGAUGACUAUAAGCAAGGAGAGGAUGCUGUUGAUGACAGUGACCAGGACAUUGAAUGGGGUGACUGUGCCUCCUCCUUCUCCUGCUGAAUUUCAAUCAUCAUCACUCAGCACUUCUCUGCAUAUGCAUCUUGGUGGCUCAGUCACCCUCGACUGCCACUUUGCCUUGGCUCCCAGCUCCUCACUGUCCUCCCUGGAGUGGCGGAGACAACACCAAGGCAGUGGCCAUAGCCUUUUCCGGUACCAGGUGGGGAGCAAAAGCCUAGCAGCACAGCCAAAAGUCCACAGGGAUGGGCACUUCUGUACUCUGAUAACACCUCCAAGUGUUCAUGUCAUUCCAUCAGUAGUAUCAUUCAAGAGAGAUGUGUUGACUACUCUGACCUGCAAUAUUGCUGGCUAUCACCCCCUGGAUGUCUCAGUGUGCUGGACACAGAAGAUUCCUGAAGAUGAUGUGGAAAUCACUCUAUCAAAUGCAUGUUUCUCCAGCCACCAGUAAAGCCAAUAUGGUGCCUACAGCAUCACCUCCUACCUAAGCAUCAUCUCAGCCACAGCAUGGGCACCAGCCACCUACAGCUGCCACGUUUCACACGUGGCCCUGUCAGAGCCCAUCUCUGUAAGCAUCCAUCUUAAAUCACCAG